CUGGUGUCAAAAGUCUGGUGUUUCAAGUUUGCUUUCAGAAAGUUUGCUUUUGAAGCAUUUCCAUCAAUGGCCUAUAGAUGGGACUCUGUGCUAAUAUAAAGAAUGCAUAUUUCUCUUAAACGUCAUGAUUAUUAAAUGUAACAAACCACCAACAUAGCCAUUUAUGGGUUAUUAUCAUCAUUAUAUUACCUUCCACGGUGAUUUCAGAAACCACAUAUAUAUAACACCAAAGCAAGUACAUCACUUUAACUUCAUGACUCACAGGCAAUAAAUCGAAGUCUGGAGGCAUUGCUUCCUUAAUCUCAACCGGAAGGCAGCAGUAGGAGGAGAACUUUAACCGUUCAUAGAUUAACACCUACUACAUUCUGACAAAACCUCAGAGCAGAUGCUGAGAGAGUUUACAUCUACCAAAAUGGUUCUCUAUUGGACACUGAUGCUUAAAGUUUUCAUCCUGUUCGAAAAUGUUAAAGGCUGGAAUUCUUCUUCAGAUACAGUCACUGUGCCAGACGUCAUUGAACUCCAGGCUUUGGACAUGUGGAGGCUGGAGGUGAAGUGGAUGGUGAAUCAGAAUGAAGAACAAAGAAAUCAAACAUAUGAAAUACAAAUUGGACGCACAUCAAACAUGGAUAUUGUGGACAGACUGAAUGUAAGCAGAGGAUCACUGGAAACAGUUCACACACUGGUCUGGACCUCACAGCUCCCGCUGAACUGUGUCAAUCACUCUGUUAGAGUAAGACUCAUCUCCGGUGCUUCACCAUCCAGCUCUUGGAGUUCAUGGAAAACCAUCUAUGGUGAGAUGAACUUGGCCCACAAUGAAAUCAAGAUGUUUCCAGACGACCAGGUGCUUCGGGAGGGAUCCACGGUGAUGUUCUGCUGCAUUUUUCCCAAAGAGACACACAUCACCUCUAUGUUCUUCGGCAACAAUCCCUACAAAGUCAUCAACAUAAGCCCAAGGGUCAAAGCCAUUCAAGUGGAAAACAUCAAAGCCACAAAUUCAUUUGGUGUCAACUUCUACUGCGACAACAACAUUGAUGAGACGGCAUUUAACUUUGUCACCUUUCCUCCUGAGAAACCAUUCGAUUUUAAAUGUGAGACUGAAGACAUGAGACACGCAUACUGCUUGUGGAAAAUACACAGAGCUCCUAACCUACUAGGCAACCAGAAAAGAAAAUACACAUUACAAAUCAGUGACUCCAAGUCUGUCAGCUGUGAUGUGGAAGGCACAGAUCCUGCCUCCUGUGGAUUUGAUGUCAUCCCACAUCAGAUCACCUACAACAUCACAUUAUUUGUGACAAACAGUUUGGGGCAAGAGAGUGAGACAUACAUAUUCAGUAUCACAGACAGAGUUUUUCCAGUCCCUAAGCAUCUUGAAGUGACUGCAGGUGUGUUUGAUUCAUUGGUGAUCUUGCAGCUGAAUGGGAAUUUCAAAGGACUUCUUCUGAUAUGCCAGACUGAACUUGAACCAGGAGGGAUAAUACAGGAUUUAGAUAAGAAUGGAUCUGACUCAAUGCAGUCUUACGCAUUCAGACUGCAGCACCUGAAGCCCAGCACGCAGUACUCUGUUAGGGGGCGCUGUGCAGUACAGGGGAAUGACUGGGGCCGAUGGACAACACAAAGACUAUUCAUCACAGAGCCUCUAGUGACCAUAGAUCUGUGGAGCCAAAUCCGGGACCAUCCCAAUCGCACCAUCAUUCUGCUGUGGAAAACAGCCAGCAGUGACUCAGAGUCAUAUAUCAAUGCCUAUGAGGUGUGUGUGAGCUACAGAAACACAGAGAGGAGCGUGUGCAUGAACGUCACACAGACACAUGUGGAACUAAUGAGAGAGAUCAAUAUGAGUGACAUCACUGUGAGGGCCGUCAUUCAGUCUGGCUUAUCUGAACCAGCCCACAUCACUAUUCCUUCAGGCCAUACAGACAGCAUGCUGAGAGAAAAGAGGAUUAUGGGGAAUGAAAAGGGAUUCCAGUUGACCUGGAAGAGGGACUCGGCUGCCACGUGUGGUUACACCAUAGAGUGGUGCAUGCUGGGUAUUGCACUCCCCUGCAGCCCAGAGUGGAGAAAAGUCCCAGAUAAUCAGACCUUCUUAAACCUGACUGCAGGGGAUUUUAAAGCAGGAGUUCAAUAUGCAUUUGAAAUCUAUGGCUGUAGCGCUGAUGGACCCAGACGUCAUGAGAAACAGAUCGGAUACUUAAAAGAACAGAAGCCCACACAGCGCCCAACACUGGACUCUAGCCCAAACAUAACAUGGUCAUCUGUAGAGCUGAAAUGGAGUUUCAAUGAGAAGGAUCCAAGUCACGCUGGAUUCAUCACUGGAUAUGUGAUUACAAUACAAGACUAUUCAGAGGCCGGCUCUGAUCUCAGUUCCUUCAGAGUGUCAGUGGAUGAUCCUCACAGCAAGUCUUGGACAGUCAGUGGUCUUGAGGAGGACCAGCUGUACACAUUUCAGCUGGCAGCGUGUACGUCUGCAGGCUGUGGACCGGAGACCACCGCCACCUUCAGAACCAGACAGAACUAUUACCUGCUGCUGGUGAAGGUUCUGGUUCCUCUCCUGGUUUCGAUCGGUUGUUGUGUUUGUCUGUGGUCAUACAGAAACCUGAUAAGAGGCUUUCCAAAAGAAACAUUCAGCUUUCUGCACAUAAAAGCACUGGACCUGGAUGAAGAUCUUUAUGAAGCGAGUGAAAAGAUCCGUACUCUGAUGAUAGAGGACUGUGAAUGGUGUGACGUUGAGAUUUUAGACGUGCAACCCAUCCCAGCAGAGAAAGCAUGGUUGACGUCUGUAGAAGACCCGAAUUGUUCAUUCAUUUCUCCUAAAGUCACGCUCCCAUCCUGUCAUCUUACCACAGACGUAUGGCUAGCCACAAAUCUCACAAACUUUACUUACGUGUCGUCUGUGCAACAAGAUGUGCCUUCAGAGGAGCUGAAGACAGAAGCCACAACUCAGGGGUCAGAGAUCGCGGACUUUUCGAGUGACUAUGUCACUUCCGUAGCCACAUAAUUCCUGAAAAUGCAGUGUUGUAACCUUUUAUACACGACAAAGAGAGCAAGCCAGAGCUGUUGAUCUUAUCACAUUCAGCAAGAUCACAACAUCCUCAUGUCACCGUGUGUGUGAGGGGCCCCGCUUCCUUCUGCAAAAACAACUUUUAAAGACAAGAAGUGUUGUGAAAUGCGACUGCAGAGAUUUUGCAAUAUCUUUCAGGUGCUUCAUCUUGGUUUUGCAUGUUAUGCUAGACCUUUCUAGGCAAAACUGUACAAAAUGUUCUCUCUCAAGGGAAAACACAUUCUGGAGGGGACAUUUAUGGGUAACCCUUUGUGAUACUGUAUGUAUCAUAAAUUAAAAAUGAACAAUUUUACAGUUAAGAACUUGAUAUGUUUAAAAAUGUACUUUAACAUUUGAAAAUUUGGGACUGGAAUUAUUAUUAUUUUUUAUAUUAGGUUCACAAAUGCUGUUUUUUUUAUUACCAUAAUAUUUAUAUUUUAUUAUACAGUUUUAUUCAAAAUUUGUUAAAAAAUAUUUACACUUGUUCUACCAAGGCUGAAUUUAUUUGAACAUAAAUAUAGUAGAAACAGUAAUAUUAUCAGUGCUGUCAAAGGAUUAAUCGCAUCCAAAAUAAGUUUUUGUUUACAUAAUAUGUGUGUGUACAGUGUAUAUUUUAUGUAUAUAUAAAUAAAAACACAUGCAUGUAUACACUUAAGAAAAAUAUGUAUAUAUUAAGUAUAUUUGUAUAUAUCAAAUAUAAUAAUAUACAUGUAAUUAUUUUAAAAAUACACAAUGUGUUUAUGUUUAUAUAUGCAUAAGUACAAAAAUAUAUUAUGUAAACAAAAACCUUUAUUUUGUAUGCAAUGAAUCAGUUGACAGCACUAAAUAUGUAGUUUAUUUGAAUUUAUUUAAAAAUAUAAUUUUUGAAUUUUCAGCAUCAUAAUUUCUCAUGAUCGUUCAGAAAUCAUUCUAAUAUGCUAAUUUGCCACUCAGGAUACAUUUCUUAUCAAUGUUAAAAACUACUGCUUCAUAUUUCUGUGGAAGCCUUGGCGUUUUUAUGAAAUAUAAAUCUUUUGUAAAAUUAUAAAUGUCUUAGGUAUGUCAGACGUGAUGUCAUUUCUAAUCCAUGUAAUGCAUCCUUGCUGAAUAAAUGUACUAAUAAAAUGCAUAU